UUAACCGGAAGAACAUGGAGGCCUUGAUGGGUGGCCAGUGCGCCUCGCAAAGCGUCGGACCUGCCAAUCAACUGUUCGGACUGCUGGUGCAGACUAUCCUGGCGGCCCAAUGUGCGAUUUCUCCGCCGGACAUGUGGCCGAAGGAUUACGGCCCGACGGCACUGGAGCGCGGUUUGGAUGAGUAUGAUUUCGUGAUCGUAGGUGCCGGAUCGGCAGGUUCGGUCGUUGCCAACCGUCUGUCGGAAAACCCUGACUGGAAGGUGUUGCUGCUAGAGGCUGGCGGUGAUCCACCGAUCGAAUCGGAGAUCCCGGAGACAUUCUUCACCAUACAGAAAACCGAAGCAGAUUGGGAAAAUUACGCCGAACCCACGCCACACGCUAGCAAGGGUUCAAAGGAUGGCGCUUUCUGGCCACGAGGCCGAACGCUUGGUGGAUGUGGUGCUAUCAAUGCAAUGCUGUACGUGCGUGGUAAUUCCCGUGACUACGACAGUUGGGCUGAGUUAGGUAAUUCGAACUGGGGGUGGAACGAUGUGCUACCCUACUUCAAGAAAAGUGAAGACAAUAGUGAUCCAGAGUUGUUGCGCCAAGAUGGUGGCAAAUAUCAUGCAAGCGGUGGCUACCUUAAAGUAGGAAAUUUUCCAGUUAAUCAUCCGCUCGCGGAAGUAAUGCUUCAAGCGUUCAAGGACGCCGGAUUUGAGAGUAACAGCGAUAUCAAUGGUGACCGGCAGGUUGGAUUCGGUCGUGCACAGGGUACCGUCGUCAAUGGUACGCGUUGCAGCCCGGCAAAGGCUUUCCUGGUGCCGGUAAAGGAUCGUCCAAAUUUGCACGUCAUUAAGCACGGGGUGGUGGUCACGGUAGAACGCGAUCCUUCGACCGAACGCUUCAAGUUUGUGAACUUUAUCAUCGACAACAAGGUGCUAAAGGUUGCACGGGCACGCAAAGAUAUUAUUCUAGCAGCAGGCGCUAUCAAUACCCCUCACAUUCUGCAACGCUCCGGCAUUGGUCCAAGUUCACUACUGAAAAAGGUUAACAUUCCAUUGGUUGCCGAUCUACCCGUUGGAGAAAAUCUGCAGGAUCACCUGUUUGUGCCUUUACUGUUCAAGAUGCACAAAUCAACUGCCGCAAACUAUAACAUUCAGCAGGAACUGGCGAAAAAUCUCUUUCAGUACAUUAUGACACGGUCCGGCCCAAUGGCUGGACAUGGGGUGACGAGUGUGAUUGGAUUUAUUAACACGCUAGACGCUUCCAGCCCAUUCGCGGACAUUGAGUACCAUUUCUUCCAGUUUGAAAAAGGCUCUGGAAAGUCGGUUAUGUUUUGCGACAAGGUAGGCUACAAUCAGGAGAUAUCGCAAUCGAUGCUCGAGGCGGCUACUGAGGCUGACGUUGUAAUGGCUAUUGUGGUGCUGCUAAAUCCCAAAUCAAAGGGACGCGUUACACUUGACACGAAAGACUUUAACGAGUUUAAUCCGCCACGUAUUGAGAGCGGUUAUCUGGAGGCUAAGGAAGAUGUUGAAGCGGUCCUGCGUGGUAUUCGCUAUAUUAACAAGAUUGUCGAUACGCCAACUUUCCGCGAGCAUGAAGGAGAACUACAUCGAAUGAAUCUGUCUGAGUGUGAUCAAGAGACGUACGACAGCGACGCUUAUUGGGAGUGUUAUUCGCGACACAUGACAUUAACAUUGUACCAUCCAGUUGGAACGGCCAAGAUGGGUCCAGAUGGUGACAAGAGCGCGGUAGUGGACGACAGGCUGCGUGUGAAGGGUGUCAAAGGAUUGCGUGUGGUAGAUGGUAGCAUUAUGCCGAACAUAGUGUCGGGAAAUACUAACGCACCCAUUAUGAUGAUCGGCGAAAAGGCAUCCGACAUGAUUAAGGAAGACUGGGGUGCGGGACCAAAGCAUACAGAGCUUUAGAUUACAUCCACUUUGUUACUGAAUGUUUGU